AACAGAUUCAACUGAGCUACAGAGGCAUAAGACUUCACACUAUCGGCCAUACCAGUGCUCAGUUUGUCAAUUCAGUGCCUAUAAAGGUUCUAAUGUUAAACGACACUGUAGAAGAGUUCACCCAGAAUGUCAGGCUACGGUUGUGAGAAAUGAUGGGAUUGAUAGUAAUCGACUGUCCCAAUUCAGAAUUUCAGACUCAAAUUCGAACACUCCAAAAUCAGACAAUUCGAGAGGGUUGACAACCCCAGCUGUUAAAAACCCCGAUAAAAUAAAAACAUAUAGAAUCCCAAAGAUUAAAAUGGUCAACCAAGAAACAAAAUAUGAUAACAGGCAAAAGGAGGAAGUAAAGGCUGAUGACAAGGAGAAAUGUUUAUACAGUGACAUAAGUGAUGAUGAAAACUCAAGUGAUUACAACGACGUUGCAGAAAAUGAGACCCCAAAAGCAGAUCAUACAAAGCAAGUUGAACUUGAUGAAGAGAAGAAUAAUGUUUAUAGUGAUAUAAGUGACACUGAUAACUUGAGUGAUUUUAAUGAUGAUAUGAAUACAAAACACAAUGAUGCCAAUAUUAAAGACAGUGUUGGUGACACGAACUAUAAUAAAGGAGAUGAUGACAGUGCCAGUGAUGCUAAUGAAAUAGCCAGUGAUGCUAAUGACAGUGCAAGUGAUGCUAAUGAUAGUGGCAGUGAUGCUAAUGACAGUGUCAGUGAUGCUAAUGAUGGUGGCAGUGAUGCUAAUGAUAGUGGCAGUGAUGCAAAUGAUGGUGGCAGUGAUGCAAAUGAUGUUGGCAGUGAUGCUAAUGAUAGUGGCAGUGAUGCUAAUGAUACUGGCAGUGAUGAUAAUGGUAGUGCUAAUGAUGUCAGCAUAGCUGAUAUUAACAAUGAGGCUAAUGCUAGUGAUGACAUUGAUAGCAGUGAUGAUGGUGCUAAUAGUAAGAAAGGUACAAGUAAUCGGGACUCUGACAUUGUUGAAAUUGAUAGUGGUGGUGAAAAUGUUGGCAGGAAACGAGAUAAAAAGUCAAUGGACAAUGUAAGAGUUGAUAGCGAUGGAAACGAUGGUGAAAAUAAUAUUAGUGACAAUGAGAGCAAAAGUGAUGAUGGUGAAAAUAAUAUAAGUGCAAAUGAAACCAAAAGUGAUGACGGUGAAAAUAAUAUUAGUGACAAUGAAACCAGAAGUCAUGCGGGUGAAAAUAAUAACAGUGAUAAUGAAAGCAAAAGUGAUGACAGUGAAAAUAAUAUUAGUGACAUCGAAAGCAAAAGUGAUGAUGGUGAAAAUAAUAUCAGUGACAAUGAAAGCAAAAGUGAUGAUAUUGAAAAUGAUAUUAGUGACAAUGAAAGCAAAAGUGAUGAUGGUGAAAAUAAUAUUAGUGACAAUGAAAGCAAAAGUGAUGAUGGUGA